GUUAAUUAUAAAUCUACCCGCCGCUUCCGAUUGGAUUCGUUACAUACAUGCUUAUUAGAUUUUUGAUCCUUGCAUUAGUCCGAUGGCUUCCUACUGAUUAUGUUGGAUAAUAUAGAUUGGUCUAAAAAAGACUCGUUUUGAAAAUUUAAAGUACACUUUGUCGCUAAAACGUAAAAGAAAAAAAAUGAUUGAAAGAUGGAACGCAAAUUCUCCUGAUAUUCCCAUUGUUUUUGAAAUAAAUGAAACAGCAAAUUGGAUUAAAAGAAAUAAAUUUACUAAAGUUGGAUUACAAUUUCCAGAUGAACUUUUGGGUAUAUCGAUUGUUAUAUGUCGGCAGUUGAAUUCUGUUGUUACUGAUUGUCUGUGUGUUAUUCUUGGAGAUAGUUCGUUUGCAAGUUGUUGUGUUGAUGAAAUAGCUGGUCAGCAUAUGAAAAUUGAUGCAUUAAUUCAUUAUGGUCGAGCAUGUUUAUCUAUAACAACUGGUUGUUUACCUAUUUAUUAUGUAUUUGGCAAAUAUUCACCUUAUCAACUUAAUAAUGAAAUCCAAUCAUUCAAACAAAUUUCACAUCAAUUGAUACAGAAAAUUUUUGCCUAUUCAUCAGAAACUAUUACACCGUUAAUUCUUCUCAUUAUGUAUGAUUUUCGUUUUAAAGAUAUUGCUCAAUACAUUUAUAAUGAAUUAAUAUCAAUGAGUAGUAAUGGUUCAGGUUCAUAUAAUCCUAAAUUGUUGCCAAAAUUAAUAUGGUCUGAGCCAUACAUCAAUACAUUAGAUAAUUCAGUAAUAGAAGCCGACAGGAAAGAUGACAUGAAUAACCAUAAAAAUCAAUGGAUUCGUUGUGGACGAUUAUUAAUUCCUUAUCAAUUUGAUUUGGAUACUUUAAAUAGUAUCGAUAAUAAUAAUAAACAUAGUUGGAUGAUGUUAUAUAUUGGACAUACAAAAGAAAGUGAUACAGAUUUAUAUUCAGUUUAUCGUAUCCUACUUUGUUUACCAGAAAUUGAUCCAUCAAAAACAAUUUUAUUUGAUCCAAUUACUUGCGAUUUAGAUUUAACUGGUUUACAAUUGAAUAGAUUAUUAAAAAGAAGAACAUAUUUAAUUGAAAAAGCAAAAGAUGCACAAUAUAUUGGAAUUUUGGUGGUCAAGCUUAUAUACCUGUGGAGAAUGUUAUUCCACAAAUAACUGAAUCAUUCGCCAUGGUUUCAUUAAUUGAUGGACAUAGUCGUUUUAUUCCAGAAAAUAAACUUCAUACUGAAGAUAAUUCUCAAUCUUUACUUGUUCAAUCAUCAGGUGAAUUAAUUGACUAUAAUCAAUGGAAUUUAUACGCUAAUAGAGUUAAUCGAACAUGGUAUGGUUUAGAUCCGAAAAUUGGUCAAACACCUAUAGCACAAAUAAAAGAUGGUCGUGUUGGUUUACCAACACAAUAUACAGAUGAAAAGAAUGUUGAAUGAUCCGAUUCAUUAUUAUUAUUAUUAUUAUUAUUAUUAUUAUACCCUUUGAUCUACUGAUCUAUGGACAAUUUGACUUUGUACAUAAAAUUAUGAUAUUUGGAAUGUUUAUUAUGUUGAGAUGAUUUACUAAAAUAUUUAUUUUGUUUGUUUCAUGUUAGAUAAGUUCUUGAUGGGUGGAGGGUGGGGCUAGUUUUUAAUGCAAAAUAAUAUUAGCUAGAGAGAACUAUGCAGUGUAUUAGGGAAUGAUGGUAAAUCAGUAAAUGAGGUUGUAAAUCUACGUUAACUGAGAUGGUCGGGCCACGUAUUUCAUAUGCCUGAAUACCGAUUACCACGACGCACAGUGCUGACUAGUGUUGGUUUUGGGGUUGGAAGAAAGUUUGAUGUGGCUAAACCAAGACGUGACAUCAGUACUUGAAGUCACCAACUUCUAGUCUUAACCAUGUUAGUAGAUGCAGACUACUUGAUUCGUGUCCUCGUGACUAUCGUAAUCAAUGGUUGGAGACCCUUGGUGACAUGGAUCAGAAUCGAUCACAAUAGUGUAGGUGUAUACACUCUCUAUCUUCCCUUAAACUGUGAGAUUAAAAUCGCUUCAUAUCUUUCUUUCUACGAACUAAUUCUUUCUUCCUGUACUAUAUCCUUAUUACAAUCUUUCUUUUAUAUAUUACCACCAGUGAACUAACUACUUUUAUGGAUCCGGUGUUCAUCUUGUUGUGCUAAUGAGGUGUGACAACUUAGAUGGAUGUAUAAAUGUGCCUGGUCCUGCGUUGUAGCUAUGCAAUACUGGACAGCUAGUCUAUAUUAGGUAUUCCUUAGAAGUGCGCGCGCUCAUGCUACAAUUCACAUGGUCGGUUACUUAGCACGGUUCAGGUCUUUUGGCAAACACAGUCCCUUAAGAUCAUUAAAUAGCAUUUAUGUUUAUAUGAAACUGUUGUCAUUUAUUCUCAUAGUAGGAUUCGUAUUUCAAGUCUUCGGUGAAUUACUACCUUACUUUCGAAACUACAGUGAAAUGUAAGAAAUAUUCUCAAAGUUCAUGUGUUUGGUCCGUUUUGUGUCUGUUGUUCGUAAAUGACAGAUAAGAUCUAUUUAUGUACAAUAAAAGCGAAAUCAGCUUGUGUAAUCCUGUGCCACGUUUGUUACUAUCGUGAUAGGCUUAAAGGAUCGGAUUCUGAGUUUAUUAAACUAGAUCGUUCUUAGCUAAAAACGUUCGACGAUUUUGUGUUCUUUCAACGUUACUUCAAAAGAAUAUCUUUUAUCUGUUGACGACAUCAUACUAGUAAUACUAAGGUUCACAAAUAUGUUUACAGAAUCAGUGAUAACAACUUAUUUUUUUAAUACAACUGUCGAACUCCAGCUUCUCUACCUUGGAUAUACUUUACAUCUAACACACCAUGUAAAUACUUGAUCGUCACACAAAUAGUAGUUUUCAGUGAAACACAAUUUAUAUUCACUUAUAUUGAAAUGAACCGUAAGAUUCUAUUCUUGAAUUGUACUCUCAAUUAUAAGUGUUAUCAUAGUCAUACAAAUUCUUUAACUCUACAGCUUAGGGUAGAUUGAUUAUUUGAUUGAGUUAAAUUUUAGAGAUGGUUCCCAAAUUUGCCUUGAGGAUUACUAACCACUUGGUUUAAAAUUAGAUUAUGAACUAGUGUUAAGGAUUAAUAGUCAAGAUACGAAAUUAGGGUGUUUUUUAAAAAUCACAAACUGAUAUUAUGCAUAGUGCAAGAAACUUAUGUAGGUGUAAAGAUGACCAUUUCUGUUCAAUGCUUAAUGAAAGUGCAAUGUCCUAUUCAUUUACUGUGUUAGUGCUGCAUAUAAGAGUGUAAUUGUUACUUGGAGUUUCAUUUCAAUUCUACUGUAUGGGGCAGAAACCUGGAGAACUACGAAAGCCAUCAUCUAGAAAAUACAGGUGUUUAUCAACAGUGUCUACGCAAAAUACUUCAGAUCCGUUGGCCGGACACUAUUAGCAACAACCUACUGUGGGAGAGAACAAACCAGAUCGGAGUGGAGGAAGAAAUCAGGAAGAAGCGCUAGAAGUGGAUAGGACACACAUUGAGGAAAGCACCCAACUGCGUCACAAGACAAGCCCUCACAUGGAAUCCUGAAGGCCAAAGGAGAAGAGGAAGACCAAACAACACAUUACGCCGAGAAAUGGAGACAGACCUGAGAAGAAUGAACAACAAUUGUAUAGAACCUGAAAGGAAGGCCCAGGACAGAGUGGGUUGGAGAAUGCUGGUCGGUGGCCUAUGCUCCAUUUGGAGUAACAGGCGUAAGUAAGUAAAGUUGAAUAUAUAUAUGUAUGUCUUCUAUGAACACGGCAUUGUAGCUCAUAUAUAUACCAGAAGUUUCAUGGAAGACGUGGGUAAAUUCGAUCAUGGAGUUAAAAUUUAAGAAAUCAUUGGGUAAUAUUGACUGUCCUUAUUUGUUUGAAAGUUUUACAUCAAGACGUGGCCUUAGUCAACCAUUCGAAGCCAUGAAGCGCUAGACAACUUUUUUGUCGUAAUAUGAAACUUUUCACUAAUGCGGGUUUACAAAUAUAACAAUGAUGGGAACCAGGACUCACGGAGGUUCGGUUUUGUAUGCACGCUAUUUAGGAAGAGACAGAUUUCUAGAGCCUUCUAUUCUCAGUGGUUAUCUAACUAAAGUCAGUUCAUCAUUUAAACUGUGAAAUACAAGUUAGAUCGUCAUUGAAGAUCUGGAUACACAUAUUUGGAUGGAACGGAUGCCCAAUACUACCGGAUUUUUAAUAGUAGUUUAACUUAGAUCGGCCUAUGAUUUGAAUGGAACUCAACAGUAUCUACAACGUCUUACUUACAAAUUGUAGUACGAUCACUGUGUAGUGAACAGAACACGGCUGGGGAAAAUCGAAUGUAUUUGACACAAAAUUACAGGACUCGUUAGUGAAAAUUAACAAUCAAAUAGUAAAUACGUAAUUUGCAAAAUGUCCAUCAAUUGUCUCAUAAUGACUCAGACUUCAUUGUUCUUGCAUUUGCAUACAACUUACAUUCUGUUUCCAUUCUUUACUGUUCGAUCCUCUUAUCUCUCUGCUGCCAGACAUUCUGUUCACGACUAACAUCAUCUACUACUUAUGUCAAUAUAAGUAGCACACACCGCAACUGUACUAAGUUGUUUAAUACAUUGGUACUCCUAUUUUGGUAAUCACUAGUUAAUAUUGAUUGGCAGACAAUCAUGAAUCUAUUUUUUUAUUUCUCAUCAUUAGUAAUGUCUAUUUUCAAUCUUAAUGCUCUUACUCAUGUUCGAAUUCAUUUCCUUCUGUUUCAUAGUCAAAUCUGUGAUUGUUAAGAAUUAGAUCAGCCAACUGGGAAGGAUUGUCCAGGACAGAGUUGAAUAGAGAAUACUGAUGAGCGACAUAUGCUCCUCCAUAAAGGGUAACAGGCGUAAGUAACUACACAGUAGUAUAUAUUGGUUAAUAAUUAAUAGCCAAUAAGUGUUAAGAUAAGAAUUGAUUAGUAAAUGACGGAUUGUAGGUAAGUGUUAGAUUAGAAAAUAACCACCUUAUGGUUUUCUACUAUCAUGUACUAUAUAUCUUUCUCAUAAGUGAAUUUCAUAUAUGUAAACGGGGAACAAUCAACAGGCUUCUCCAACACGUAUUAAUAACCAAUCAAAAUCAAAUUCUACAACGAUAUCCUUUUACAAACUAUAUGAAAUAUACAUGUUCGUCUUUGGGGUGGGGGGUGAAGUACUCAUUUACUUACCCCCACCCCACUCCCCUUCACCCUUGUCCAUGAGUACUACUAUAUACAUAACAUGGAAUGAUUUGAAUUAUUGAUCCAUGUGUACUUUGAUUGAAAUCAGUAGUGUAUAGGAUAGAGUAAAUGAUUGCAUAUAACAGUGUAAUGACAAUGUCUUAUUCAAAUUCUAAUUAUCAUAAGAUUAUAAUCAAUUUUAUUUCUUACAUAAUCAUCCAACAUUUUGUUUAAAACGUAUCUUAUUCAAUGUUCACUGAAGAAGAAAUCAUUUCUUAUUCUUAUUUACCAUUAUGGGCAUGGUGUUAUUUAUGUAUAACUGGUAUAAUAUUUCUUUGUACAUUAUGUACAUUAUGUUAUUUACAAAAAUGGUUAUGCUUUAAAAUAAUACUGAAAAAACGUUGGUGUGUUAACAAUUCAAUUGGUAAGUCUCAUUAUAGAUGAAUAUGAAUUCAAUUGAUGUUGUUUUAUUUGUAUCUUCCUAACAUUGUAAUUGAUCAGUCUCUUGUUGAUAUAUAUAUAUAUAUAUAUAUAUAUAUAUAUAUAUAUAUAUAUAUGCGGAUGGUCUGGAGAUUUCCUUAGGUUACAAACAUUCUAAGCAAAGAUGUAUAGUGGCUAACAGUGGAAUCUAGGAUGUGUGUUUCGUUCUAUUUGAGACUUGUCAGCUGUAUGUACCUGCAUUUCAGAGUUGAUGUUCACUCUGGAACUCGAACCCGGCACCGUUCGCUUCAAACGUCAUCAUGUUAUCCAGUUACCUACUGAGUCUAGAUAGCCACUAGCUUAUAUUAGUGAUGUGAAGUUGAAUUCAUUGUUGUAUUGGUUGUUUAAAUUUUCUCAUUGAUGUUUAGGACUGCAAUUGGUAAUUGGUUCAUACUCCAUUGGUUCCCUCAGGAUCCUGGAGUACAUGUGCACCAUUGGUUUGGAAUGAUGGGUUUCCAACUCCCUCAGGUGGAUCCUCCAUAUUCACCAACUUGGUUAAAGCACCAAACAUUCGCUUUUCGUCCUCUCAAUUUCGUAAACAACAGUAAUGCCUCGAGAAAGCAAUGAUAAGGACUUCUUAUGCAGUAGCUGUAUACGCAUAUACGUAUGAGAGUAUUUGGAGAGGGAGAGUUGACUCUCCUCACUCUCAGCCUUACCAGGGCAUUUGAGGGCGAUAGUCAAAUCACUUAAUGUUUUAAUUUUUUCAGUAUAUUUCAAGUACCUUAUGAAGACUCGUAUAAUAUGUAGAUUACCGGUUAUCAAAUUAACUUUCUAACCAAGUUCUCAUUGCAUAUAUCUAUUUAUAUCCAUUAUUAAAUUCUCCUGGAAUAUACUAAUCAUUUCACAAAUUUAAUAAAAAUAAUCAUACUACUUAUAGUAGACUUAAUUUAAAUACAAUUUAAUAAAACUUGGCGACCUCAUUUCUUCUAAUGAAUUUGAAGCAAUCCAAUGAUCUUUCUUAAGUUAGGAGAUGAACAUUAAUUCAUAUGUUACUUUAAGUGUUAUUAUAUUAAUGAGAUAGAAUAUAUAAGAUUGACUAUAUAGUUUACAUAGAAUAGAUGAAAACACCGCGUGGAGUCCCUCCGGGGGCUACUGUCGGUCCCAAGUCCGGAUAAAGGAGGAGGGUUGGGCAAGGGAUUAGCGACCCCAUCCCGUAGAAAACUAACUCGCUAAAAAAACGCUAACCAGAAAAAGAAAUUAACAAUAGAUGAAAUAUGGUUAACUGUGAAGUCAGUCAGUCAGUCAGCUAAAACAUAUGAUCAGGUACAUAUGUGCAUUGGUACAAGUUGCCAUACCUCACUAACACAACAAAAUGAACACCGGAUCCAUAAAAGUAGUUAGUUCACUGGUGGUAAUAUAUAAAAGGAAGAUUGUAAUAAGGAUAUAGUACAGGAAGAAAGAAUUAGUUCGUAGAAAGAAAGAUAUGAAGUGAUUUCAAUCUCAUAGUUUAAGGGAAAGCAGAGAGUGUAUACACCUACGCCAUUGUGAUCAAUUCUGAUCCAUGUCACCCAGAAUAUCCAAUCAUUGAUUACGAUAGCCACGAGGACACCAACCAAGUAGUCUGUAUCUACUAACAUGGUUAAGACUAGAAGUUAGUGACUUCAAGCACUGAUCUCACGUCUUAGUUUGGCCACACCAAACUUUCUUGCAACCCCAACCCCAACACUAUAGUCAGCAGCAUUGCGCGUUGUGGUAAUCGGUAUUCAGGCAUAUGCAACACGUGGCCCAACCAUCUCAUUCAACAAAGAUUUACGACCUCAUCAACUGAUUUACCAUCAUUCCCUAAUACCCUACGUCUAACCUCACUACUAAUUACCCGGUGAUCCCAGCAGAUGCCAGCAAUAUUUCCAAGACAUCUGUGGUCAAAUACUGUUAGCUUCCGAGUAUCUUCUAAUCUUAAUGGCCACGUUUCGUAGCCGUAAAGUAGAACAUAUGAAAUUCAUGACGAAUGUUUCAUUCAAUAUGAGCCUUGUCAGCUGAACGUAAUUGAAUCCCAGAGAUGAUGUUUACUUCGAUAUUAAAACCAGUACGCACCACUAAAAAAGUCGAGAUAUUAUUAUUCACUCUGUUACUGACUUCAUAAAUAGCAUAAACUGUGGAAUACAAAUGAACUCACCUAACCAUUCCAAAAUAAGUUAAAACAUACAUACUGAAUUCCAUCGCUAACUAAAUUCCAUCUUCUAAGCGUAAACUUGUUUCAUAAUGGCUAUAUCGAGGCUUUAAAUAGAGAAUAUACAUAUAUCAAUUAAGAGUGAUCAAUUUAUUUUAUUUUAUUUUACCUCAUAGAUAUUGUUACAAGGAUGCACCACGUACAUAUGCGCCACACAGAUCUCAUUUGAUAUGUGUGACGGCUAAGAUACUGCCCAGGUGCCCAAACUGAACUGCGUGGUUUUCUUAGGGGGCCACUCCCCGAGCAUUCGGCCUGAAGGUCUGAUCCACAAGGCAGUGGAGCAUCUCAAGGAGAUGCAGUCCCAUGGAAGCCGGUGACCAACAAUUGGUUCACACUACAUUUGUUCCUUCAGGAUACUGGAGCCCAUGUGCACCAUUGGUUUGGAAUCCGGUUAAAGCGCCGGACAUUCGCUUUUCAUCCUCUCAUUUUGGUGAACAACACCCCCGCCACGAGAAGGCAAUGAGUAGGACUUCCCUGACAGAAGCUAUAUACGCGUGGCCAUAUGAGAGCAUUUGGAGAGGUAGAGCGGACUCUCCCCAUUCUCGGCCAUACUAGAGCAUUUGGGGGCUAGUGAUCAAAAGUCAAUUGAAAUAUCCAUAAUUAGAUAAACUGAAUCUUUACAAAUUCAAUUAUGACUAUUUAGUUAUAUGAAGAAAUCAGGUAGAGUUGAAGACAUUGAGGAAAUACAUGGAUUUGAAAACAAACUAUGUAAUUGUAAUUAAAUUGGUGAAUAAUCAACAGUAAAUCAAACCGAUUUUGUAGACGGCAACAUUAUAAUUUAUGAAUGAACCAAUCAAAUUUAAGAUAAUAGGUCUUGGUUUAUGGUUCGAAAUCCAUUCAUCAUUCUUUUGUUGAAAUAGAGAUUUAACAUUAUAGCUAAUGUCAGUUCGUGAUGAAACACCUUAGAUCUAAUUCCUUAUCUUAAUCAUCAAUUGUAAAUCAUAAUUCUAAUUCUUCACACAGAUUUGUGACCUUUAUCUAGUUCUAGUGAGUAGUUGAACAUUCUCAAGAUCACUUGAGCUUCAUUCAAAGGUCAUCCAUAAAUUAUAGUCUCAUUACGGUUUAUUCAUUUGAGCUAGAAAGUAGGUUUAAAUGUUUCAAUAGUAUGAUACUAUGAAUAGCUGAAAUAAAAAUCUAACGUCAAUCCAUAAAGAUAUUGACUAUUGAGUUAGGUUAUGUUGUUAGGUUCACAUUAUCUGCUAUAGUAGUAAUUUUAAUAAUUGAAAUUCAUGAGUCAAUUAAAACUAGACAACCGUGAAAAACCUGGAAGCACUGGAAAGCCGUUUCAUUCUAGUAUAGGACUAUUCAGUAGUGCAAAUCCACCAUCCCGCAUCACGGUACUCAAACCCAGGACCCAUAGGCCUCAUGCGCGAACGCUUAACCUUUAAACCAAUCAGCUUGCCUGCAUUUAACCGUGUUAAUGUCUAAGUUCAACCAAUCCACGAAAUUGAGCCACCAUCCACCAUUGUCUUCAGUGAGUUACCAUCUCACAACAAACACGGUUGAACUCUACUGUUCGCUGCUUCUCACUAGAACUGCAGGAAAUACCUCUUGAAGCCAGUCCCUAGUGAGCAUAGAUUGAUUAAUAUCCGAAGGUGUUUUUGUGGAUAUUAUAAUAAUUCAAUAGUUGAAAUUCACGAUUUAAAUUGAAACUAGACCACUAUGGAAAACCUGGUAGCACUAGACGGCCGUUACAUCCUAGUAUCGGACUACUCUGCAGUGCGCAUCCACGAUCCCUCUGCGUGAGUUUGGAAUUCAGGACUUAUUGGUCUCAUGCGCGAGCGUUAAACCUUAAAUUCAUUUAUUCUAUCUUAAAAUACUGCAUUCAUAACUAAGUUUAAAUAAUACAAAGGAAACACUAAAAUAUUUUUAAUAUAAUGAGUAUCAUAAUAGGUAUGAACAUGUCAGUAUUGGGCUACAUUUUAAUCAAAGUCAUCCUGUAUAACACAUCACUGUACUUACUUACCUAUUACUGUAACUCCUCGUGAAGGAGCGUAGGCCGCUCACCAGCAUUCUCCUGGGCAAUCCUUUCCAGUUGUUGUUAUUCAUCCUUUCCAUAUCUACUUCCAAUUCUCGACGCAGUGUGUUCUUCGGCCUUUCAUUUUAGUGUUUCCCUUUAGGAUUACAAGUUAGGGCUUGCCUAGUGAUGAAGUUUGAUAAUUUCCGUAAUACUGUAUUUAUUUAUCUAUAUAAAAAAAUUUAUAAUUUGUGAUAUGAAGUUGUGGGGUUGAAACUGAAUGUGCUACGUGCUAUCCGCAUAACAGCGAUGCUGUCUUCCCACAAUGAGGGUUGGAGUUAGAAAAGGUCCACUCUAAAAAUGCCCAACUCACAUUAUCUCACCGAUAUCCGUCUCCGGAAAUAAGGUCUCAACAAGUAUGGAGAUAACACAAAAAUUACUCACAAAAUGAUCUUGUGUGACCGAAUUAAACCAGUUGUCCCUUGAGCACUGCACUCACGCUCUCAGGCCACUAAGACCAUCCCUAAACCAAUUUCGUUUUCAGGUACCUCCAGAAGAACCCUCUCACAGUGUGGACAACCGGAAAAUGAUAACAGCCCUCAUACGUGUAACAGCACUGAAGACCACUGAAUUCAUAAUCAAUCUCCCUCUUCAUUUCCUAUUAUUCCUUUUACACCAACUUUCAAUCAUAAACUUCCUCUUUUGGCUUUCACCUCAAGUGUUGCCAUAACCAACGAUAUAUAUAUAUAUGUGACCAUCAGAAAAUCAGUUCAUUUCUUAGUCAAUAGUAUGCAUUUGUCCUACAGGUAAUUUCUGUCAUCGAGUAACCUUCUCAUUUGGCUACGGCGAGACUAUAAUUUAUGAACGAACCAAUCAGAUUUAGAAUAAUAGAUUUUGAAUUUUGGAGCGAAAUUCAUUUAUCCAUUUGGCUAAAUAGCAUUCUGGCAGUAUAACUGAUAUCAGUUUAUGAUGAAAACCCUGAAUCCAAUUCCUAACCGUAAACGUCAACUAUCAAUCAUAAUUCUAAUUUCUUAUACACUGGUUUAGAACUCUCAUUUAAUCCUAUUUAAUAGGUGGACAUUCUCAAGGUCAGUUUGGUGACACUCAAAGGUCAUUCAACAACAAUGAUAGUCUCAUUGUAAAAUGGAAAAUGUUUCACCAUGGACAUUGAUCAAUAACAAAAAGAUCAUAUUUGAAUGUCACCUGAUUAAUACACAUGGUUGACAGUUCAAUAUCAAUAUUCUUAAUCAGUUAAACAAAUAUAUUCAAUCAGAAUGGGUUUUGUGGAGAUUUCUAGUAAUUCCACUGAUUGAAAUCAUGAGUCAAUUGAAGCUAGACCACCAUGGAAAACCUAGAAGCACUGGACGGCCGUUUCGUCCUAGUAUGGGACGCCUCAGCAGUGCGCAUCCAUGAUCCCGCCCCCCGCGAGAUUCGAACCCAAGACCUAUAAGUCCAGUUACGAAGUGUUGAAAAUGAAAUCAUUUGAUUAUUAGAGGCUUUAUUGUAUAGUUUAGAUAUAUUCAGUAUUAUACUUUGGUAAGGGCAGUAUUAGUAAAUCAGACAUUUAGGUUGAUUAAUUUUCAUUUAUUACAAACUAUGGUUGAUCAAUGAGUACAAAUUUAAUCGAUUUAAGCAAGACCACCAUGGAAAACCCGUGUGCACUAGACGGUCUUUUCGUCCUAGUAUAGGACUCCUCAGCAGUGCUCACCCAUGAUCGCGCUCACAAGCGCACGUUUAACUCCUAGAUCACCGAUCUGACAUCUAACUGUGUUAAUCUCUAACUUCAACCAUUCCACGAAAUCGCGCGACCAUCUUCCAUUGUACUGAGGUAGAUAUCUCUCUCUACCUGACACGGAUUAUCUCCAGUGAUCACUGCUACUCACUAGAUCUCCGAGAAUUAUCUCACGAAGCUAGUCAUUAGUGAGCACAUGGUAAUUAUCAGUAUGGUAUUGUGGAGAUCAUUAUAUUUUUGAUUGAGAUCAUGAAUUGAUUAAUGUUAUACCACCAUUGAAAACCUGGAAGCACUAGAUGGCCAUUUCGUCCUAUUGUGGGACUCCUCAGCAGUAUGCAUCCACGAUCCUGCCUCACGUGAUUCUAACCUACGACUUUCGGCCUCGCGAGCGGACGUUUAAUCCCUAGACCACUGAGUCGGCAUCCAACAAUGUUAAUGUUUAACUUUAACCAAUUCAAGAAAUCGAGCCUCCGCAGUAUGAAGUGUGCGUGUCGUUGAAGCUAAAAACACACAUCAUUGUUACAUUCUAUUCAGUAAAUAAAUUGAAAUGAAAAUGAUACUUUUUUCUGUUUUUUUUUUAGAAAGUUCAUUUAGUACUAUAUGCCAAUGAAUGAAAUUUUUAGUGAACAAGACAUUUCAAUCAUAAGUAUUAGGUCGGUCAUUUAAUAGUGUAAACAAUCGAUAUUUUCUUUUUAAGUCACUACAUAAAUAAGGUUUAUAUAGAUAUACAGAGAUGUAUGAUAUUGAAUGAAAUGAUUGGUAAGUGAUAUAUAUAUUAUUGGCUAUGAGAUGAUGGAGAAGAUUUGUAACUCAGGUAAAUGGUUUUGUCCAUUGAGCUUAGAUAGUUUGGUCGUGGAGCUUUCAUUGUUCUUCUGAAUGACAUCAUCAGGACAAAAUAAAGUUUGUCGUUUAGAAGAAUGAUGAAAGCUCCACGAUCAAACCAUCCAGUUUAGAGAACAAAACUCUAUCAAAAAUGUUAUGGUUAUCUUUUCUUUAGUGUAUAUUGAAUUCUAUUGAUUAAGUUGUAUGAUGAUAGUCAUUAGUUUGAAUAUGAGAAAAUCCUGUUUGAGCUAGACAUUUUGCUAGUUGCCAUUCAUCAACUAGAAGUAUUAAUAAUCUUGGGAAGACUAGUAUUGUUCUUAAGAUUCAGAAUAGUAUCACGUAGCUUAACAUUAUAAAACGUAGUCACUAAAAUAUUCAACCCUUGACCGACUUCGUGUAGGACGAAUGUAUUUACAUUGAUUAAUCACCUGGUAUAUUGUUUUCAGUUGAUCAAAUUGCAAUGUGUUAAUUACAAGUCUAAUGAACAUCGCUUACUUACGCCUGUUAUUCCUAAUAGACCAUAGGCCACCGACCAGCAUUCUCCAACCCACUCUGUCCUGGGCCUUCCUUUCAGGUUCUAUACAAUUGUUGUUCAUUCUUCUCAGGUCUGUCUCCAUUUCUCGGCGUAAUGUGUUGUUUGGUCUUCCUCUUCUCCUUUGGCCUUCAGGAUUCCAUGUGAGGGCUUGUCUUGUGACGCAGUUGGGUGCUUUCCUCAAUGUGUGUCCUAUCCACUUCUAGCGCUUCUUCCUGAUUUCUUCCUCCACUCCGAUCUGGUUUGUUCUCUCCCACAGUAGGUUGUUGCUAAUAGUGUCCGGCCAACGGAUCUGAAGUAUUUUGCGUAGACAACUGUUAAUAAACACCUGUAUUUUCUGGAUGAUGGCUUUCGUAGUUCUCCAGGUUUCUGCCCCAUGCAGUAGAACUGUCUUGACAUUUGUAUUAAAAAUCCUGACCUUGGUGUUGGUUGACAGUUGCUUUGAGUUCUAGAUGUUCCUCAGUUGUAAAUAUACUACUCUUGCUUUUCCAAUCCGCGCUUUCACAUCUGCAUCAGAUCUACCCUGUUCAUCAAUGAUGCUGCCCAAAUACGUAAAGGUUUUUACAUCUUCCAAAUCUUCUCCGUCAAUUUUGAUUGGAUUGGUGCAUGUUGUGUUGUAUCGGAGAAUCUUGCUUUCCCCUUUGUGCAUGUUGAGACCUACUGCUACUGAGGUUGCUGCUACACUGGUCUUCUCCUGCCUUUGUUGUUGCGUGUACGAUAAGAAGGCCAGAUCAUCUGCGAAGUCUAGAUCCCCCAGCUGCAUCCCAUGCUUCCCCCCAAAUACUGACGUCUUCAUCAUUCAGUCGGACACCAGGAGAAAGAUGAAGUAACCUUGCCUGACACCAGUCUUUACUUCGAACGAAUCUAUCAAUUGUCCUUUAUACACGAUUUUGCAGUUUAAUCCAUCAUAGGAAUUCUGUAUGAUAUUGACUAUCUUCUGAGGCACGCCGUAGUGUCGAAGAACCCUACAUAGUGUUGUUCUGUCCACGCUGUCAAAUGCUUUUUCGUAGUCAAUGAAGUUGAUGUAGAGUGAUGGAUUCCAUUCAAUUGAUUGUUCCACAUGACAUGAUAUAUUUUUAUUAUUAAAUGUUUGGGGAUAGGUACGACUGACUUAUUAAGCCUCAAAUCAAAUAACUGUGUGGGAUCUGGUAUAUGCCUUGUAUUUUAAGCUACCAUGUGAGGAAAGCUUUUGAUUUGUACAAAGGAUGUGAUAUUAAUUAGUAUGUUUUUGGAUCAUUGGCUUCAAUUUGUCUCUGUUGGCAUGACAUCUAAUUGAAUGGAAAUCUCUUCUAGAAAAUACAAAUUAAUCUUCUACGUUAGAUUUUAGACAUGAAGAAAAACAAGUGUACUAUUGAUUAAAACAUUAUUAAUGUCAACUUGUAACCAAUUUUUGCAUUACAAAACAAACUCAACUAUAGAAGAACUAAAAACCAGAGGGAGAGGGGAGGAGAGGGGGAGAGAGUAUUAGUAGGUAGUUUGUCCUAGUCCCGAGACUUAUCAUUGGUACACUUCUUCGAUCAUACAUAGUAAUGUAGCUUAUUACUGAUACAUUUCCUGGAUGAGACUUUAAUUUAUGGAUGACCUUUGAGUGAUGCUAAACUGACCUUGUGUGUGGCCACCUAAUAACUGGAACCAGACAAAGUGUUAUAAACCUGUAUGAGGAAUUUGAAUUAUGAUUUACAGUUGAUGAUUAAAGUUAGAAAUUAGAUUUAGGGUUUUUCAUCAUGAACUGACAUCAGCUAUAAUGCCAAUAGUCUAUUUAGCCAAACGGAUGAAUUGAUUUCGCGUCAAAACCCGAAACCUGUUACCUUAUACGUGAUUGGUUCGUUCAUAAGUUAUAGUCUCGCUAUUUCCUGGUAACUAAGAUAUCUCAAAAUCAAUGAGACGGUAUCCAGUAGUUCACUUUUGUUUUUUCUUAGAAUUUUAAUCAAUAUACGAUGUUACAGUACAAUCUGAUGUCUUUAUCAUCUCACCACCCAGGAAAACCUACUUGAUUCUUUGAAUUUAAACUUUCCAGUAAAACGUUUUACAGAUCUAAAUCAUAAAACAGUGGUGAUGAUGGAAGUUUUGUAGAGUUCUAAGAUUAUAAUAUGAAUGAAGUAACACCAUCUGAAGAGUCAUUGAUAGCACUAAAGCACUAGAAGGUUUUUCCGUAGACCUGGUACAGUGUGUCGCGCACUGGAAUCGUUGACUAUGGCAACACUUGAGGUGAAAGCCAAAAGAGGAAGUUUAUGAUUGAAAGUUGGUGUAAAAGGAAUAAUAGGAAAUGAAGAGGGAGAUUGAUUAUGAAUUCAGUGGUCUUCAGUGCUGUUACACGUAUGAGGGCUGUUAUCAUUUUCCGGUUGUCCACACUGUGAGAGGGUUCUUCUGGAGGUACCUGAAAACGAAAUUGGUUUAGGGAUGGUCUUAGUGGCCUGAGAGCGUGAGUGCAGUGCUCAAGGGACAACUGGUUUAAUUCGGUCACACAAGAUCAUUUUGUGAGUAAUUUUUGUGUUAUCUCCAUACUUGUUGAGACCUUAUUUCCGGAGACGGAUAUCGGUGAGAUAAUGUGAGUUGGGCAUUUUUAGAGUGGACCUUUUCUAACUCCAACCCUCAUUGUGGGAAGGCAGCAUCACUGUCAUGCUGGUUGUCUGAAGGAAACACCUUACUGCCGUCACACCUCUUUACAGUCAGCAGUACGACUUCGCCUUCGGACCUUGGGUUUGUUGCUUUUAGUCUUACCGCUCUUCAACCGACCUGUCUGGCAUUGUAGGAACUUGAGGAACGAUUGUUGCAGCCAGUAUAGCUCGAUUGGUUCAUCACGAUAAGCAAACCCGACCAUCACGUCAAGGUAGCAACAACGGUACAUAUAUUUGCCUGGUCUUACCUUUUAGCUGACUGACUGACGUUUAGGUUUAUGAUUAUACAGUAACACAGAUCUAUAAUUCAAUGUACGACUGAAUCUAGAAAUUUCAGAUUAAUAAAAAAGUAUUUAUUUAUUGUUUUUAUGUGUGUCUAUAUCUUGAAAUGAACUGGAUUAGAAAGAGAGUAAUUAAGAUGGAAUAUAUGUAAAUUAUGUCUUUGGUUUUGUUGAAGUCAUGAGUUAGUGUAAGUUCAAAAAUUCAGAAGUACUGGAACACUGUUUCUUUCUAGUAUGGGACUCCACUGAAUUGUUCAUCCAUGGCCAAACUUCUACGAGACCUGAAAAUCUUGAUCUCGAUUCACGGUUGGGUUGUAGGUGUUCACUGCUGAAGAGUUCUGUACUAUCAUGAAACGACUAUUCAAUGCUUUCUUGUUUCUAGUGGUGAUUUAAUUUAGAUCAUUUUGUGGUCCUAAUAAAAUUUGUCAGUUUUACAACCUUCAUGCUGAUCAUCACGUUUAUGUUGAUAGCCAAGUGAGAGUUCAGCUUUAUCAAGUGACUUUCUCUAUUCUGCAGAAAUUUGGAAGACUCUCCCGGUCUCACACAAUGUACGAGCACUCCAUGUAUCUAAAUUAAUGGUUGCUCUGGUUGUCAGAAAGGGCAUCAGCUUCGUGACUUCCGAAGGAACUCGGCUUUCACCAUGAGGCGUCACAACUCUUCUAACUGACGACUUACUAACUCCCAGAGCAAGGUCGAAACGUUUUUUUAGCGAGUUACUUUUCUAUGGGAUGGGAUCGUUAACCCCAUGCCCAACCCCCCUCCUUUACCUGUACCUGGGACCGGCAUUAGCCCAAGAGAUUCUCCAGGUGGAGUUUUACUCUAUUCUAUGACAAAUUUAUUAUUUACUGAUUAUUUUAUGAGACAGUAUUUUUGUGUGUCAUCAUAAUGAUAGAUGGAUGUUUUCAGUGUCUGAUUCAACAUACAACUGAAUGUCUGAUGGGCUGAAUUAUCUGCACUGAUUGAUAAUUGAAUAACAAUUAACAUCAUAAUUAAAAGCAAAGAUGGAUAGUGGCUAGCAGUGUAAUCCAGGAUGUGUGUUUCGUCCUAUUUGAGACUCGUCAGCUGUAUGUACCUGCAUUUCAGAGUUGAUGUUCACUCUGGGACUCGGACCCAGUGCCGUUCGCUUAAAAAUGCCAUCGCUUUAUCCACUAACCUACUGAGUCUAGAUAGCCACUAGCUUAUAUUAGUGAUGUGAAGUUGAAUUCAUUGUUGUAUUGGUUGUUUAAAUCUCAUUGAUGUUUAGGACUGCAAUUGAUUAGUCUCUUAUUAGUAUAUGCGCAUCUUGUGCCGAUUGCCUUGAUAUCGCAUUAGAAUGGAUAGUAGCUAGCAGUGUAAUCCAGGACGUGCGUUUUGUCCUAUUUGGGACUCGUCAGCUGGACUUCAAUUGAUCAGUUUCUUGUUGGAUCUAGGAAUCGUGGAUUCCACUGCUAGCCACUAUCCAUCUUUGAUUAGAAUGCUUGUGAAUUGAGGCAAUAUCGAAGUAAUACGCACAAUAUGCACAUAUGUCGAUAAGAAACUGAUCAAUUGCAGUCCUAAACAUCAAUGGGAAGAUUCAAGUAAACAACAAUACCAAGUGAAUUAACAUCAUUCACGUAAAACAACCUGAAAUAUACUUCUAUACACCUACUUGUGGAGAGUUGAGCUUUCAUAGUUUUCACAUCAGCAGCAAUGACUUGCUUACCAGUUCGAUCCUUAUUAUUUUCUAUUAAUUCAUCUGUUGAUUGUGAUUUCAAUAUUGUCAGCUUCAAAUUUGAUUUUACUUCUGAGGACAACCUUCUAGUUUAUGGAUCACAAACCAUCCAUGAACUACUACAAAGAUGAUUGUGAAGCAUCUUGUGUGAUCUUAUAACAUAUUCUUCACCUUCCAAUCUUAAAUGGAAUGUUGAUUGACAGUUUAGAAACUUAAACGUCACAUAUUAGUUAAAGUUCUCACGGUUUUUAAUUCACUGUCAGAUCUUCUGAUUUACGCUUAUGACCAAAUAUGCUAUGAAACAUCACAAACAACUAUUUAAAUCUCAUGUACUUCAUCAGUUUACUUUCGAUGUGAAUGUAAUCAGUAUAGGUAGUUUGAGAAGGGAUAAAAUUAUCCUUCCAUACCUUUUUGGAAUUCCUUUAGUGCAUUAUCAAAUUCAACCCAGCUUCCGUAAUGCCCAUUUUGUAUUAUACGUUGAAACGCCUUGCUUACGUCGACUGGAAUGUCCAACGUGUACACUACAAAACAUCAUUUCAUUCAUUUACGCCUGUUACUCCUCGUGAAGGAGCAUAGGCCGCUCACCCUGUCCUGGGCAAUCCUUUCUAGCUCCGUCCAGUUGUAAUUUAUCGUUUUCAUAUCUGCUUAUAUUAUCCGACGCAAUGUGUUCUUUGGCCUUCCUCUUUUUCGCUUCCCUUCAGGAUUUCAAGUUAGGGCUUGCCUCGUGAUGCAGUU